AUAAACUUUGAUGAUGUAAAUGUUACACCGAUGGAAAAAAAUGACUUGAGUUUACCAAAUUUAAAACACGAGACUACUGAAUUUUCAAUUCCAAAUGACAACAACAGUCAAAUUAUAAGAGAAAAAAAUAAAUCUGUGGAAAAAUUAAAUCCCAAUUCAAAUACAAUAAUCGAAAAACCUCAUAUUACAGAAGAAUCUAUUUCAAAUAAACUUGAUAAACCAAAAAUUUAUAGAAAACCCGUAACUUUAGAUAAUCCUGAUAAGGAUAUAAGAAUAUUAGACAUUUCCGACGAAUACAACAACUUGGGUGGUAUGACAAUGGAAGAUUCCGAUUUUAAAACAUUUGUAGAUAAAUCACCUAAUAUAAAAGACAAACAAGAUAAAAGUAUAACGGAAAAGAAUAAAUCUAGUCCCAAUAUUAAUUGCAAAACAAUUAAACCAGAGACAGAUGAUAGUAUUGGUACUCUGAAUUUCUCUGAUGAAAUUCCUGAUGAUCAAUUAGCGUUCAUUAAUGAUCUUUCAUAUGAAAAAACCAAUGAAGAAAAACCAAGUGAUCAAUCAAUUAAUUUAGUGCCGACAACAGAUAAAAUACCCGAUUCUGAAAAAAUAUUAUCAACAGACGAACCUCCGGGAAAAGAUUGGAAAAUAGACGAUGAGAAUAUUCUUAAUAAAGUACCCCAACCAAGUCUUUUUGAAUCGGAUACUGGAAAACCUAUGUCCAAUGAUGAUGCUGAUAAUAGUAAAAGUAACGUUAUACCUGUUCCAAGUCUAUCAAAAGACGAUGAAGGUAAUUCUAAGAAUUCACCUGGGAACCAAAAAGUUAUUGAUCUAGACGAUAAAUCAGUAAGUUCAAUUGAAGAAUUAUUAAAUAGUCUCAAAGAUGAGGAUGACUCACAAUUAACUUCAAUAAACUUUGAUGAUGUAAAUGUUACACCGAUGGAAAAAAAUGACUUGAGUUUACAAAAUUUAAAACACGAGACUACUGAAUUUUCAACUCCAAAUGACAACAACAGUCAAAUUAUAAGAGAAAAAAAUAAAUCUUUGGGAAAAAUUAAAUCCCAAUUCAAAUACAAUAAUCGAAAAACCUCAUAUUACAGAAGAAUCUAUUUCAAUAAACUUGAUAAACCAAAAAUUUAUAGAAAACCCGUAACUUUAGAUAAUCCUGAUAAGGAUAUAAAAAUAUUUGACAUUUCGGACGAAUACAACAACUUGGGUGGUAUGACAAUGGAAGAUUCCGAUUUUAAAACAUCUGUAGAUAAAUCACCUAAUAUAAAAGACAAACAAGAUAAAAGUAUAAUGGAAAAGAAUAAAUCUACUCCCAAUAUUAAUUGCAAAACAAUUAAACCAGAGACAGAUGAUAGUAUUGGUACUCUGAAUUUCUCUGAUGAAAUUCCAGAUGAUCAAUUAGCGUUCAUUAAUGAUCUAUCAUAUGAAAAGUCCAAUGAAGAAAAACAAAGUGAUCAAUCAAUUAAUUUAGUGCCGACGACGGAUAAAAUACCCGAUUCUGAAAAAAUAUUAUCAACAGACGAACCUCCAGGAAAAGAUUGGAAAAUGGACGGUGAGAAUAUUCUUAAUAAAGUACCUCAACCAAGUCUUUUUGAAUCGGAUACUGGAAAACCUAUGUCCAAUGAUGAUGCUGAUAAUGGUAAAAGUAACGUUAUACCUGUUCCAAGUCUAUCAAAAGACGAUGAAGGUAAUUCUAAGAAUUCACCUGGGAACCAAAAAGUUAUUGAUCUAGACGAUAAAUCAGUAAGUUCAAUUGAAGAAUUAUUAAAUAGUCUCAAAGAUGAGGAUGACUCACAAUUAACUGCAAUAGACUUUGAUGAUGUAAAUGUUACACCGAUGGAAAAAAACGACUUGAGUUUACCAAAUUUAAAACACGAGACUACUGAAUUUUCAACUCCAAAUGACAACAACAGUCAAAUUAUAAGAGAAAAAAAUAAAUCUUUGGAAAAAUUAAAUCCCAAUUCAAAUACAAUAAUCGAAAAACCUAAUAUUACAGAAGAAUCUAUUUCAAAUAAACUUGAUAAACCAAAAAUUUAUAGAAAACCCGUAACUUUAGAUAAUCCUGAUAAGGAUAUAAAAAUAUUAGACAUUUCGGACGAAUACAACAACUUGGGUGGAAUGACAAUGGAAGAUUCCGAUUUUAAAACAUCUGUAGAUAAAUUACCUAAUAUAAAAGACAAACAAGAUAAAAGUAUAACGGAAAAGAAUAAAUCUACUCCCAAUAUUAAUUGCAAAACAAUUAAACCAGAGACAGAUGAUAGUAUUGGUACUCUGAAUUUCUCUGAUGAAAUUCCUGAUGAUCAUUUAGCUUUCAUUAAUGAUCUUUCAUAUGAAAAAACCAAUGAAGAAAAACCAAGUGAUCAAUCAAUUAAUUUAGUGCCGACGACGGAUAAAAUACCCAAUUCUGAAAAAAUAUUAUCAACAGACGGACCUCCGGGAAAAGAUUGGAAAAUGGACGGUGAGAAUAUUCUUAAUAAAGUACCCCAACCAAGUCUUUUUGCAUCGGAUACUGGAAAACCUAUAUCCAAUGAUGAUGCUGAUAAUGGUAAAAUUAACGUUAUACCUGUUACAUGUCUAUCAAAAGACGAUGAAGGUAAUUCUAAGAAUUCACCUGGGAACCAAAAAGUUAUUGAUCUAGACGAUAAAUCAGUAAGUUCAAUUGAAGAAUUAUUAAAAAGUCUCAAAGAUGAGGAUGACUCACAAUUAACUUCAAUAAACUUUGAUGAUGUAAAUGUUACACCGAUGGAAAAAAAUGACUUGAGUUUACAAAAUUUAAAACACGAGACUACUGAAUUUUCAACUCCAAAUGACAACAACAGUCAAAUUAUAAGAGAAAAAAAUAAAUCUUUGGAAAAAUUAAAUCCCAAUUCAAAGACAAUAAUCGAAAAACCUCAUAUUACAGAAGAAUCUAUUUCAAAUAAACUUGAUAAACCAAAAAUUUAUAGAAAACCCGUAACUUUAGAUAAUCCUGAUAAGGAUAUAAAAAUAUUUGACAUUUCGGACGAAUACAACAACUUGGGUGGUAUGACAAUGGAAGAUUCCGAUUUUAAAACAUCUGUAGAUAAAUCACCUAAUAUAAAAGACAAACAAGAUAAAAGUAUAACGGAAAAGAAUAAAUUGAGUCCCAAUAUUAAUUGCAAGACAAUUAAACCAGAGACAGAUGAUAGUAUUGGUACACUGAAUUUCUCUGAUAUAAAGCCAGAAGAUGAAUUUGCCUCAAAUAAUGAUCUUUCAUAUAAAAAGGCUAAUGAAGAAAAACCAAGUGAUAAAUCAAUCGAUUUAGUGCUGAUGACGGAUAAACUACCAAAUUCUGAAAAAGACUUAUAUUUUGAUAAGAAUAGUGAAUUGGACGGUGAUAGUAUUCUUCAUAAAGUUAUCCAAUCAAAUCCAUUUGAAUUGGAAACUGGGAAACCUACAUCCGAUGAUGAUGCUGUGAAUGUUAAAAGUAACGUUAUAUCUAUUCCAAGUAUUUUGAAAGAUGACGAGAUUUCUGAUGUAAAUAAAACUGAAGUUAAAUUACCAAAUAAAAUUAUAAUUCAGAAUAAAACUGGUAAUAUUAAAGUACCUUCUACCAAUGUACAUGACAAAUUUUUUCCAGGAAAUUCUGAGUAUGAAGUUAAUUUUUCAAAUUCUGGCCAGUACGGUGUUAAACCAAAUUCACCCAACUCCAAAAUUUCUAACCCUGAUAAACAUAUUUUAAUAACUAAUAAAGACGAACACUCAUCGGUUGUUAAUGAAGUUUAUAAACAUAAUAAUAGUUUUCUGGAUGACGAUGAAGCAAUUAAUUUUAAUCCUGGUCGAGAAACCAAGUUCAUCAUGGAUAAUUCCAAAUAUUUAUCAGAAAAUCAUAAUCAAAAUAUUCCAGUUAAUCGUUUCAAACAAGAAAAUAAUGAAUUUUGGCGAACAGCACCUAACAUUGAACACACCAUGAAUAAAACCCCUAUUAUGUCAGAUUAUAAUUUACUGAAUGAAGAUGAUAAUCCAUAUGGGUACAUGUUACCUAAGUUUAGCACAAAAUAUAUUGAGGGCGGUGAUUCAAAUAAUUUAUGGGAAAAAGUUCCGCCAAAAAAAAAUAACGAUUUUAGUAUACAUAAGGAAUCUGAUCAUUAUAAUAAUGAUAUAAAUCAGUCCGUGGGUUAUACUAUGAAGAAUAUAAUUUCUAGUCAUAUUAAUAAUGAUAAAAAAAUUAUGUCAGAAACUAAAACUGUCAAAAAUACUUAUGAUGAUAAAGGAAAUACUGAUAAAAUGUACGAAGAUAUCAUCCAGAAAAUGUCAGAACAGUUAAAAAAAAUCAAUAAUAUUGAUGACAAAAUUUCUAAAUUGGAUUUAUUAUCUAACAAUAGUUCUUACAUCACACAAAGUUACAAUUUAACAUCUGAUGAUCCUGGUACAAAAAAAAUUAUACUUAUGAAUGAUUUACCUAUUAGUAAACCAAAAAAUAAUAUAGAAGAGCUUGAUUCAGAGCUAGAUUCAAAAAGAAAGAAAUCAGUAGAAAGUCAUGAAACAAUGAUAAGUUAUAAAAGUAAUGAUGAAAAUGUAAUCAAGGAAUCUACAAAACCAAAGAAAGAUAAACAUAAAAAACAUAAGAGGCGCAAUAAAAAACAUAAAAAGCAUUCAAAACACGACAGGCAUAAAAAGAAGAAAAAAAAGAAGAAAAAUGAUAAAAAUGAUAGUUAUGAUGAUGGUGAAGAUGAUAAUAAUGAUGAUGUUGAUGGCAGCCAUACAAAAUAUAAAAUUCAUAAGAAAAAUGAUAAAAAGGAUGAAGAUGACAAGCAUAAAAAGAAUAAAAGUCGCAAAAAAAAUGAAAUGAUUGAUAGCGAUGUUGAUGUUGAUGAUGAUUAUGAUGAUGAUAGGGUUAAAAAGAAAAGUCAUAAGAAAAAUUAUAUUAAUGAUGCUGAUGUCGAAGUUUCACGAAAUAAAAAAAAUAUUAAUAAAACGAAAAGAAAGAUAAUAGAAAACAUAUCACCCCAUGAAACUAAUGAAGUCAAUAAUAGUUCUAGCCUUCAAAUGAGUAAUGAAGAUGAUGAUUCUGUAAAAGGUUUAAAAAUUAAAAGUAAAUCAAAAAACUCCAAAAAAACUAAUUUAACUAAAAGCAAAAAUUCGUCGCCUAAAAAAAAGUCAAAACAUAUGAAACACUCCAAAUUUAUCAAGUAUAAAAAUAAAGAGAUUCCUGUGGAUGUCAGUGAUGAAGAUUCGAGUCGUAAUAAUAAUCAAAAUAAUGUACCAAACGAGAUAACGCAUAAACAUAAAAAGCGUAAACAUAAAAAGCAUAAGAAACCUUUAAAAACUAGUAAAACUUACAAUUUUAAAGAAAGCCCUGUGGAUAACGAAGAUAAAAUUUCAGAUGAAAAUAAUGUUAAUUUAGAAGAAACCUAUAAUAUAAACAUUACUAAUGAUGGUACUGCACUGAAACAGAAAAGGCUUAGACAUAAAAGACUUAAAAAAAUGAAGAAUAUUGAUAUUAAUAUUUUAAAAGACACUGACAAUCAAGUUCUAAAUAGAGAUACUAAUACGAGGCAUGGAUAUCUAUUUUACACUAUUUAUCCACAAUACCGAAACAUAAAUCCAUUAGCAAGACUUUUUUACUAACCCAUAAUACGUACUUAUAAUACUUUAUACUACAUGAUAAUAACUUGGAAAAAUACCUUGUUAUUAUUGUUCCAUUAGUAAACAGUUUUAACGCAGGUACCUGUACUUAAAAUACUAACCAAAUUUAUAAACUGCGAUUGUAUUAAUAUCAAUGAACACGUUUCUACAUCUGGAUUUCAAAACAUAUAGUCAAUAAAAUAUAAAUAAUUUAAUACAUAGAAAUAUAUUAUAAUCUUAUGAAUAA